AUGGUCAAGUCAGAUCGGCUCCCGCGGAACGCCUUCGUAAAGGCGGCCCGCCACCUGUACAACCCUAUCGGUUCUGCCAAGGGCUACAAUACCGUCCUUUGGUUCAUUACGUGCGGCGCGUUGCUCGGUUUCUCGCUCGCAAAGCUCCCAGCCAUCGGCCUCCGCGGCCAAUUUUGCAACCUAGACCAAGACACUGUAGGCGCCGCAGGCCCAGGGGAGUGCUUCCACUAUCUGCAACCCCCGGCCUGCAUCCUUCCCGCCGGCAUCCUCGCCUGCUUCCAGUUCGUGCCCGUCAUCACCAUACUUCAUCGGGUCAAUGGCUACAUCGUGCUUCUCCUGACCUUGGUCGGCAUGGCUGGCGCGUUCAUAAGCACGCCCGUGUCAUAUGGUGGGACCGUCGAGAUUCAAACUGGGAUCGGAGUGCUCUCUGUCGCAUUUUUAGUAUGCCUCGCGAUGGCAGUGAUCAACAUCAAGAGGUUGCAGAUCGAGCAGCAUCGGGCCUGGAUGAUACGAGCCUGGGUCUAUGCCGGAUCUGUCAUUACACUUCGACUCAUCCAGAUCCUCACCGCUUACAUCGUAUCGUCUCUCGACACGUAUUACAUCCCUAUGCCAUGCGAUAAGCUGGCCUUCACAGUCGCCAACGACACAGUGACUCGUGAAUCCUAUCCAGAGUGCGCAAGCUUCUUGUCAGGCCAGAGCACGGGGCAGUUUGCCUCCGUUAGGGCUAGGCUUUCGGGUUCAGCAAACGCUGCGGAAGCUGCAGCUGCCCUCAGCGUUAGAUUCGGGGUGGGAUUGUGGUUGGCGGCCUUUAUCCACGUCAUCGCAGUCGAGAUCUAUCUUAAUCUCACACCCGCAGAACACGAGCGGCUGCGUGAGAAAAAUCCCGGCCGGGCUGGGCUGACGGUGGAUCGGUUUGGCGAUGCCGAGAUAUGGGCACCCAAGUUGGUCUCCAAAGCUAUUUACAAUCCUCUUACACCCUCCUCAUCUCAGUAA